CUCGCGGUUCGCGAAGCGCCGUCACAGCGGCUGCUUCCCCCUCUCUCUUCCGCCUCGGCGAGCAGCGACACCACCGGAGCAGGGCGGCCGGCGGCGACGGGCGGGGCCCGACGGGGAGGAGGUAGGCGGGCUUGGAUCUGCAGGGCUCACGCGGCGUAAGAGCAGGGGAAGCCGUAUCUCCGGCGGCGUUCAUCGCAGCAGGAAGUCGUCAUGGCGACGGCGGAGCCGGUGGAGCCGCAGUCGCUGAAGAAGCUGAGCCUCAAGUCGCUCAAGCGCUCGCACGACCUCUUCGCGCCCACCCACUCCCUCCUCUUCACUCCCGAUCCGGAGAGUAAGCAGGUUCGUGUCGGCUGCAAGGUGAAUGCAGAGUACAGCGCGGUGAAGAACCUACCAACAGAUCAGGGCCGAGGACAGGUCAAGAGUGCUGCGGCACCUUCAACUGCAUUGGCGCUUCCAGGAACACAAGAUGUCAAAGAUGCUGAUAACAAAGGCAGCAGUACUGCUAUUGUUCCUGCACCACAUAUGCUCCCCAAAGCACCGGAUUCAACGAUACCAGGCAAGAAUACAACUAUAACAAUUCCUGGUUCAUCUGACAGAUUCUCUACAUCUGCACUGAUGGAAAGGAUACCAAGUAGAUGGCCACGGCCUGUCUGGCAUGCUCCUUGGAAGAAUUAUAGGGUGAUCAGUGGUCACUUGGGAUGGGUGCGGUCAAUUGCAUUUGAUCCAAGUAACGAAUGGUUCUGUACGGGUUCUGCCGACAGGACGAUUAAGAUCUGGGACCUUGCAUCAGGAACAUUGAAGCUUACAUUGACUGGCCAUAUUGAACAAAUUCGUGGGCUUGCUGUGAGCCAACGGCACACAUAUUUAUUUUCUGCUGGUGAUGACAAACAAGUAAAGUGUUGGGAUCUUGAACAAAACAAGGUUAUUAGGUCUUAUCAUGGCCAUUUGAGUGGGGUGUACUGCCUUGCUCUACAUCCAACAAUCGAUAUCUUGCUGACUGGUGGUCGCGAUUCAGUUUGUAGGGUCUGGGACAUCCGAACGAAAGCUCAUGUUUCUGCUUUAACUGGUCAUGAUAACACCGUAUGCUCAGUGUUUGCUCGUCCUACGGAUCCACAAGUUGUCACGGGCUCACAUGAUUCAACUAUCAAGUUCUGGGACCUUGUAGCUGGAAGGACUAUGUGUACUCUUACACAUCAUAAGAAAUCAGUUCGGGCUAUGGCGCUGCAUCCAAAAGAGAAAUCGUUUGCAUCUGCAUCAGCAGACAAUAUAAAGAAGUUUAGCCUGCCCAAAGGCGAAUUUCUACACAAUAUGCUGUCCCAGCAGAAAACCAUCAUAAACUCAAUGGCUGUAAAUGAAGAUGGUGUCUUGGCAACUGGAGGGGAUAAUGGGAGUCUCUGGUUUUGGGAUUGGAAGAGUGGCCAUAACUUUCAACAAGAUCAGACUAUAGUACAACCUGGAUCAUUGGAGAGUGAGGCAUGCAUAUAUGCCCUUUCAUACGAUGUUAGUGGAUCACGGCUGGUGACAUGUGAAGCUGACAAGACAAUAAAAAUGUGGAAGGAAGAUUUGUCAGCCACUCCAGAGACCCAUCCUAUCAAUUUCAAGCCUCCAAAGGACAUCAGAAGAUACUGAUCAGACACCUGGUGCAUCUAAUUUCAGACAGGGUACUUUUAACUCCCUAAAUACCUAUGUUGUUGUAGUGUUUAUGCUAAAUUCAAAUUGGUUGAAUCACACUAGGGAUUCCAUGCAUCGCCAUGGAAUGGACCUGUCUGAAUUUUGCCGUGCUUCGCAAAUCCUCCUUAUCUACCGAACAGAAUAUUGACUGUAAGAAGUUUUCAUAUAUUAGAAGAGUUUCCUCUUGGCGAACAUAUCUGGGUUUGCCCAUAGUUGUGGCACAGCAUUGCAUUUUUCUUUC